AUGGUGGUAUAUAGUGAUUCGGAUUCCGAUAAAGAUGAUUACGACGGUAAUAUAACAGAUGAUGAAAGUAAAUCUGAUUCAUCUAGUAUUUCAACCGAUGCAAGUAUUUCAGAGGAAAGUAAUACCUCUGGAAAUAGUAAUAACAAUUCAAAAUCAACUUUGGAAUACGUUCUUCCAAAUGCUGAAGAAUUAAAAACCAAAGUACUAAAUGAGGAGAAGCCUAAAAAGGUAGAAGAGUUAAAUUUAUGUAAGGAAACAUUAGUUGAAGAUUCUUAUAAUGGGCAAGAUAUUUUAGUUUCUGAUAGUAGUAUAUCAAUGGAUAGUAAAAUAAUUCUCAACAGUUCUGACAAUGAAAGCAGUAACGAUUUACAAAAGGAAAGUGCAGAAGAAAACAACUCUAGUUUAGGUAGAAUUGUAGAAGAAUCUUCUGAUUCAGAUUCUUCUGUUAAAUGUAUUGAUUUAACAAACAGUGUUUCAGUACUUGAACCUGAAAAUUCCCAGUCAUCUGUUCAAAGUUUAGAUGAUUACAAAACAUUGAAAAGAGAAUUGGAAGACAAAAAAACUUCAUAUCAAAAUAUAAUGAGAGCCAUUAAAUAUUGCGAUCCUAACAAAUUAAAAGAUGGUGGAAAACUUUUAAAAGAAAAAUUGGCUCAAUGCAAAGAAGAAGUUGAUGAAUUAAAAAAAAAAUUGAGUACUUAUGGAGAUGUUUCAUCUAAUAAUAAUUCGUUGAAAAAACAUUCUCACGAGUUUGAUAUUUUGUCCACUACAGAUCAAAUUACCAACAAUUUAGGAAAAAAGGGUUUAGAAACUCACAGAGUUCAAGAAGCACUUACUGUUGAUGCUCUUGUUACACUUUGUGAUUCUAUAAAAACAUGUCCUACUGAAGAUGUACAGGAAAAGGAUCCUAAUGGUUUAAGAGUAGAAUUAAUGCCUCAUCAAAAACAUGCAUUAGCAUGGCUAUUAUGGCGUGAAAAGCAAACCCCAUCUGGGGGUAUUCUCGCUGACGACAUGGGACUUGGAAAAACAUUAACCAUGAUAGCUCUUAUUUUACGAUCAGAUGAAUAUCAAAAAUUGAAAAAAGAAAAUGAAGUUAAUGGAUCGUUUGUGGUCAAUGAUGUUAAAAUGUAUUAUGGAAAAACACUUGUUGUGUGUCCUUCUUCUUUAAUGGGACAGUGGCAAGGACAAAUCAAACAACAUUGUCGAUCACAGAAAUUGAGUUAUUUAGUUCAUCAUGGAAAACCUAGAGAAUUGCAAGCCAAAAGAUUGGCCGUCUAUGAUGUUGUCAUUACUUCUUAUGGAGUUAUCGCAGAAGAAAAUAAAAUCAUAAAAGAUAAUAAAAAGGGAGCUUUAUUUCGCGUUGUUUGGAAAAGAAUAAUUAUUGAUGAGGGACACGUCAUAAGGAAUCACAAAACGAAAAAAGCACAAGCACUAUGCGAAUUAGAAGCAAAACAUAGAUGGUGUUUAACGGGGACUCCAGUUCAUAAUAAAGAAUUAGAUAUGUAUUCGUUAUUAAAAUUUCUUCGCUGUUCUCCUUUCGACAACAUUAACGUUUGGAAACGAUGGGUCGAUAAUAAAAGUGCUAACGGUGUUAAAAGAUUAAACACCGUCGUCAAAUCAAUUCUUUUAAGGAGAACAAAAGAAGAUUUGAAAAAUAUCGGGGAGCUACGAGAAUUACCCGUAAAAAAUAUAAUUCCCAUAUAUAUAAAACUCGACGAGGAAGAACAAAAGGUUUAUCACACGGUGUUAAAUUUUUCGAAAUCAUUACUUGCGGAUUUUAUUAUGCAAGCUCAAAGGAAAAAUGGUUUCGUUAGUGACGAAUUGAAAAACCAACAUCAUAAAUUGUUGAGCUCGGCAAACGAAAUAAAAACGACAGAGAUUUUCGUUUUGCUUCUUAGACUUCGUCAAAUAUGUUGUCUUCCGGGUUUGAUUCAUUCGAUGCUGGAAAAAGAUAGUUGCGCCGAAGAUGGGAUAGACAUUGAAGAUGAUCCCAUAUUGCAAGAUUUAACAUCGCAAAUGAAACGAAUGUCGGUCGUAUCAUCCGGUUACGGAGUAAAAGAAGUAGAAAAAAGGCAAAAAAUAUUAGUCAAGGGGAAUCCAGUAUUCGAAAUAAAUCGUCUGAGUACAAAAAUAAAAACAGUUGUUAAAUUGGUCGAGGAAGCAUUGGAAGCAGAUGACAAAAUAAUUAUCGUUUCACAAUGGGCGGGAUUAUUACAGAAAUUGAAGACUCACAUCCUCUCAUUGAAAACUGGCGUGGUUACCCUCGACGGUUCGGUACCUGUCAAAUUUCGUCCGAAAAUCAUCGAUGAUUUCAAUAAUCCGAAAACAGGGAUUAAAGUCAUGUUACUCUCUCUGACCGCGGGUGGAGUCGGUUUGAAUUUAGUCGGAGGUAACAGAUUAGUCAUUAUUGAACCACAUUGGAAUCCUCAAUUGGAAUCUCAAGCCUGCGAUAGAAUCUACAGAGUGGGACAAAAAAAACCCGUUUACGUGUACAAAAUUAUAUGUCAGGAAACAAUAGAAGAAAGGAUAGAAUUAUUGCAGAAAAAAAAAUUAGAAGUUGCCGAAACGGUGCUCAAGGGCGAAUUGACACUCAAUAAAAAUAAAAUGACUCUCGCGGAUUUGAAAAUAUUAUUUGACGUUCAUGAAAAAUAA